AUGUUGGUAAACCAGUACCUGAAUGGAGGAGGUGGUGGAAGAUCUCUGGGUUUUUUGGAACUCAACUCACUGGGAGGAACGAACCUCUGCUCACUGGACAAAAACGUCAUCGGAUCCAUCAGCUCCAGCGGCCUACAGAAGGCGAACGCUCUGACCGUGUCCAACUGCAGCCUGGAGCAGAAGCAGCUUCUGUUUAGCAUCGCUCAGAACGCCUUCAGCGACCGCACCAUUAGCAAGCUUAGCCAGAAAGCCAGCGCCGUAUCCACUAGCAACGUCUCCACCAACUCCUACCAGCUCAUACAGUCCUACCUGGGUGGUGCCGACCUAGCGUACGUGCGGACACUUUCCAACUCCAGCAUUAACAUGGACCUGCUAACCUUUGUCUCGCUGGACCAGAACGUCGUCAACAAUCUGACCGUUAGCGAGGUCCAGGGUCUGCUGGGUACCUACGUUCCAGACCUGAAGACGUACGAGAACAGCACGGUGGUGCGAGACUGGAUCAGCAGGCAGCUACAGUCCGACCUGGACAAGCUGGGGAUCGGACUCACCGGAGGAAAACAAUCCAGCACUGGUUCAGGUAACGGAUCGGGUAACGGAUCGGGUAACGGUUCGGGUUCCAGGGUCUCCGCCCUCCCGCUGUAUCAGCAGCUCCUCCUUCUGGCUGUUACCAUAGCGACACUGCAGCUGCUGCACUGAUUAUGACAUCACAACGUCGCUCCGCUGCCUGUUUAUAGCUGAUUAUUCCUUUAUUAUUACAAGUUCUGCUCUUCUUUAUUUAGGACCCGUAUACUCGCCCGUCCAGGGUUCUGUGGUCCGGUUCUGUAGGGUUCCACCUCCUCCUUAUAUCUUAUUUCAUUAAGAGUUAUAAUAAUAAUGGAAGAAAUAAAGUGUCCGGAUUAUUUUAUUCACUGUACAA